AUGCGCUCCGUUUCGAGCGUUUUAUUCUCCUCCUUUUUCGUCGGAGGAAGAGGAGGAGGAGAAUCUUUGUCGUCGUUUACGUCGUCAUCGAAACGCGUUUUUGAUGAUCCUUUUCAUCGGGGAAGGAGGAGGAGACAUCCGAAAGCGGUUUCUUUAUCGAAUAAUAAUAACAACGACAACGACGAUGACAUCGGUCGGCAAACAAAGUUCUCGUUCGAAAACGAAGGCUCGAACAACAAAUCAAAGUUAAACGCGGAAGUUUUGGUGAAAGAAACCGCACUGAGAGCGGAAGAAGCGAGAGCGAAAUCGUUGUUACAAAAAGUGAAACGCUUGAAAGAAACACAGGACAAGAAAAUCGAGGAGGAGCAAAGAGAGUACGAGGAGGAGAAAGAAAUGACGGAAAACGAACAGAGACGGAAAGUGAACAAGGAGAAGAUGAAAUUGGUAGGCGGGAGAGAUCCGGCGAAUAGGCCACCGGGGCCGAUUUGGGCGUCCGCGGUGGUGUGCGCGGUUGCCGCGGUUGGAUUUUAUUAUCUGACGAUAAACACGAGCGAUGGGAUCGUGGAGUACGUGAAGGACGCGUUCGGAAAUUUAGGACCGACGUAUGCGAAAUCAGGGUUAGUCUCUUUAACGGUUGGUACCGGGGUGGUUUUAUCGUCCGUCUUUGCGUUUUCGGCGAUUAUAUUAGUCUUAAUCGGCGCGCAAGAAACGAAACGGUUAAUCUCCAACGAACCGGUGGUGUAUUUUAGAUGCUGCGGCUGCGACGAAAAGUGCUGCCAAAACGGCCCACAUAAUAAAGGCUAUUCCACUCGUUUCAUCUACCGAAACGACGGGCGUGGGUACGAAACUCGAAGCGCGGAACGCAUGCGCGCGCACUUACGAGUCUCGAAAAAUUGCACGCCGUUGGAGCCGUUGAUUGUGUAUCCGCGCGAAGCGAAAUGGGGGUGGUGGGGGCCGAACGAUCUCGUUCGGUACCAAAACGAAAUGCUAAGGAUGAAAGAGCAAAAGCAAGGAAAGUUUCGUUAG